AUGAUUGCAGUGGUUUUCCACAGUGCAAAACUCUAUCUGGUUCAAAAUGUUGAUAUGUUGAUUUCUGGGAUUGAAAGCAUGAAUAACAACCCUCUUCAAAUUGUUGAUGUUGCAGAGGACAGCUACAGUAGAAAGAGACAGACGAAAGGCAUAGAGAGAGAAGGAGAGGAGAAAGGUAGACAGAGAAGUGGAACCUUAAAAAUGCCAUUUGCUGGAAUCCAUCUUAAUCUCACUUCAACACCGCUACCAGGUCCCUUUGAUUGGACCAAAUUCCAUUGUUCCACCUCAAUCUCGCUUCAACAUCGCUGCCAGUGUUCGCACAGAGUCGCUUUUGCUUGGACUGCAUUUAUAGUCACGCACACACAGUCGCUUCAGGCAGUGUGUCUGCAUUUACAUCAUGUGUCUGCAGAAAUUGGUUAUGCUGUAGAUAUCAUUUCUCUGGAGUUUUGA